GCACGGUCAAUCAGAGUGUGUUUUAAGCAGCGUACCUUCGUCAGAAUGUGGCUCGCAGUUAUUGUUGGUGUGCUGGCAAUUGUGCCGUCCCUGCUGGCAGACGAACAUUGGUGGCAGCAUGCCAACUUCUAUCAGAUUUAUCCACGAUCAUUCAAGGACAGUGAUGGUGACGGUGUGGGAGACUUGCGCGGCAUUAUGGAAAAGGUACCGUACUUACGCCGCGAGCUAGGCAUCGAUGCAGUAUGGUUGUCGCCGAUCUUUAAAUCACCGAUGGCCGACUUUGGUUACGAUAUUUCCGAUUUCCGUGACAUACAUUCCGAGUUUGGCACAAUUGCCGACUUGGAGGCGCUAGCUGCCACCUGCAAUGCGGAAGGACUGAAGCUGAUCCUGGAUUUCGUUCCCAAUCACAGCAGUGAUGAGAGCGAAUGGUUCAUAAAGUCUGUCAACAAGGACCCAACCUACAGUGAUUACUAUGUUUGGCAUCCAGGAAAAACGUUGUCCAACGGAACACGUGUACCACCCUCGAACUGGGUGAGUGUAUUCCGUGGACCAGCCUGGGAAUGGAAUGAAGUCCGGCAAGAGUACUAUCUCCAUCAGUUCUUGGUCAAGCAGCCCGAUCUGAACUAUCGCAAUUCGGCACUGGUACAAGAAAUGAAAGAUGUAAUUAAAUUCUGGCUGGAUAAAGGAGUGCACGGAUUCCGCAUCGAUGCUGUGCCGUAUCUGUUCGAGUCCACCCCAACUAAUGGGGUUUAUCCGGACGAAGAGAAGAGUGGCGAAACCGAUGAUCCGGACAAUCCGACCUAUUUAGUUCAUACGCACACGCAAAACCUAGAUGAAACGUUCGAUAUGGUAUACCAAUGGCGAAAGGUUGUCGAUGACUACAAGCAAGAGAAACUGUCCGAAGAUAUAGUGCUGAUGGCGGAAGCAUACACGCCCUUGAUGAACAUUAUUCGCUUGUUUGGCAAUGAAAAUUCGGAAGGAGCCCACGUUCCGUUCAAUUUUGAAGUACUGAGCAACACGUUCAAGGAUACGACGGGAACACAAUUUUAUGACAACAUUAAACGAUGGCUCGAUGUGGUACCAUCAAAUAGAUUCUCCAACUGGGUGCUCGGAAAUCAUGAUAACAAACGGGUGUCGUCUCGUCUAGGCGUCGCGCGUGCAGAUCUUUAUCAAAUCGCCUUAAACGUGUUGCCGGGAAUUGCCGUUACAUUCAAUGGCGACGAGCUAGCAAUGGAGGACGUGUUCAUCUCGUGGAAGGAUACCAUUGAUCCGGCGGCAUGCAAUUCUAACCCCAAAGACUACCUGAUGUACAGCCGCGAUCCCGUGCGAACCCCAUUCCAGUGGGACGAUUCAGUUAGUGCUGGGUUUUCCACUAAUCGCACCACGUGGCUUCCGGUUGCAGCGAACUACAAAACGCUCAACUACAAGGCACAGAAAGCUGCUCCACGCUCGCAUGUGAAAAUAUUCCAAGCACUCGUCCGGCUGCGCAAGCAGCGCACAUUGCGCGAAGGAACGAUGGAAAUGCAACUAGUCGGUGAUAACAUAAUCGUGAUUAAACGGCACCUGGAAGGAGUGAGCACCAUUGUGGCCGUGCUAAACUUUAACAAAACAACUGAAACUGUUAAACUGUCGUCCGUGUACGAAGGUUUGCCAGCCGCCUUCGAGGUGAUUACCUCCUCGAUGCAGACAAACUACAUAGAUGGAACGGUCGUGGGAAGAGAUGAAGUCGUUCUGCCCGCCGAUGCAGCAAUUGUUCUAGAAGGAAACGUUGCGAAUGGCAUUUAGUUUUAGCAAAUUCCCUAAUCAUUCUAGUUCUACAACAACUGGACAUAAUUCUUAAUGCUCACCUAUUUGAACCACAUGCACAGAUGCAAUGUGUCCAAUGAAAGCCAAAUAAAUCACGAAACAAAAGCACUAAAAUGUUUAAAAAUAUUA